UAUAUAUUUUAUGUACUUUAUAUUUCCAGAAGAGCAAGAUCACUUUAUGGUGUUAGUCCAUGCUGUCAGUUUGGACCCAAGGGAACCAUCCUGGAUAAUUCAUCAUCAUUUCUGACAAUUCCAGAUCCAAGCAGUCAGAAAUUAAAGUGGGUAAAAGCUCCAUUAACAGUUUUGGUUGUAAAGAAAAUGUAUGAUGAUUCUGUGUUGUCAGCAUUUAAAAAGCUUGUCUCCUGGCUUGUUGAGUUUAAGAAUAUGGUAGUAUACAUAGAAAAGAAAUAUUUAGAUAAAAAUUACCUGCUGUCACAAGAUGAAGAAUUUGUUGAUCAUCUCAAAACAAAAUUACAGACUUUUGAAGAAGGUAUUGAUGACUUAACAGGAAAAAUAGAUAUGAUUAUAUGUCUUGGUGGGGAUGGUACAUUGUUAUAUGCCUCAAAUUUCUUCCAGACAAAUGUUCCACCAGUAAUGGCAUUCAACAUGGGAUCAUUAGGAUUUUUAACUCCAUUUCCAUUUGAUAAUUUUAAAGAACAAGUCACAAAUGUUUUAGAAGGUCAUGCAGAUCUGACAUUAAGAUAUAGACUGAAAUGUGUAGUGUGUAAAUAUGGGUCUGAAUCACACAAAGUAUCACAUAUUAAACAUAUCAAUCAUUCCGACAGUAAACAAAGUUAUUUAGUUUUAAAUGAAGUCGUUGUCGACCGUGCACAAUCACCGUACCUUAGUAAUGUAGACCUAUUUGUAGAAGGAAGACUUGUUACAUCAGUUCAAGGAGAUGGUUUGAUUAUUUCCACACCAACAGGAAGUACUGCAUACGCUGUAUCUGCAGGAGCAUCCAUGGUUCAUCCCAGCGUACCAGCUAUAAUACUCUGUCCUAUUUGUCCUCAUUCGUUAUCAUUCCGACCAGUUAUAGUUCCAGCUGGAGUGGAAAUCAAGAUAAUGGUAGCAAAAAAUGCCAGAAGUUCUGUUUGGUUAUCAUUUGAUGGGAGAAAUAGGCAAGAAUUAAUGCAGGGAGACUGCUUACGGAUAACGACAGCUCAGUAUCCAGUACCAUCUAUAUGUGCUAGAGAUCAGAUAGACGAUUGGUUUGCAGGGUUAGCUGGGUGUUUACAUUGGAAUGUUCGUCAGCAACAGAAACCUCUUACGUCAAUACCCAGUUCAACCAGCUUAGACUCUGUAGAACUUAGUAAUUAAUUCACUAGAUCACAUGUCAAUAUUUUGUUUGCUACUUUUGAAAUUGCUAUGUAUACACUGUAAAUUUCAAUGUAGGAAUGAAAUACUUGCCACUGCUGAGAUGCCAACAUGAGACUGAUUUUUUUUUUUAUCGAAGUAGACUCCAGCAAAUCAGAUACUCAAAAGGUCAGCAAAUAAUAUCCCGUUUCUGCAAAUAAAACUGUACUACUAAUUUUUUCCCAGAUGUAAGAAGAUUUACUUUGAUACUCAAAAUGUCAGCAAAAAAUAUCCCAUUUCCGCAAAUAAAAAAUGUACCAGUAAUUUGUUUCCCAGAUAUAAAAAGAUAAAACUUUAGUAUCUAAGGAUUAAUUUUUGACAUUUUAUUUGUUUUGAAUUAAUGGCUUUUGAAGAAAAAAAAUACAGACAUUGUCUCAUUUAGUUUGUUUAUCUGAAAAACACAAAUGUCAACGACCUUAAACUAACAGUCAAACAAUUUUAAAAUGCUUUUUUAGAAAAAGGGAAAUAAUGUCCUUGGUAAGUAUAGUCAAACCUGUGAAUAAAGGUCACCCGCAGAACAAAAGGAAGGCAUGAGCCUUCAUUUCUGUAUUCUUUAAUUUUUCGCUCAUAAUUCUUUAUAUUUAAAAAUAAUUGCUAUUCUGUAAUUACUUGUAUUGUACUUGAACUGUAUUCUAGACAUUGUUCUUUUCUGUAAUCAGCAUAUUUUUACCCAAUUCUUUAUUUUUGCAGUUAUUCUUUAUAUUUCUUCACCCCAUUAUUCUCUAUUCUUUAUUUUAUUCCCCAAUUUUUCUCUAUUCUUAUUUUUUUGCCCAUUAUUCCCUAUUUAUACCCAAUCCACACCCUCAUGCAUAGGUGACAAGAUUUUCACUUGAUAAAGGUGACCUUUUAUAACAGGCUUGACUGUACUGCAUAUUGCUGCAACAGAUGCUGCUUGUUUUAAGGUUUUAUUGUGCCUGAUUUGUGAUUCAAAAGUCUUUAACAAAUUGGAUUAUCAAAGUAGCAAACAAAAUAUGUUAUUGUUUUAUAUUUGUUAAGUUUCUCAUUUAUAUAUUAAUGCAAUCAUUUAAAUAUUUUAAUGUUUAUGAUUUGUUAUAUAUUAUUUUUCAUAUUUUGUGAUAUAUGUGUUAUAUUUUUUCUGAACUUUUAUGUUAUAAAUAUUUAAGUCUUUUCAAGUUGAUUUUCCCUGGUUCAUGCAAUUUUCUUCUAGACUAUUCGUCCAUAACAGUAAAACAAACAUCAAUCAAUCAGUUUAUAACAUGUAAAAGCUGCAAGGUUAUCAUAGCUGGACCAGAGACUAUUACAUUCUACUAGAACAUGAGGGUGCAUGACUGAAUUAAAGUACCUAUGCCUUAUUUUACGCCUGGGUUUUUAGUAUAAGUAUUGUCAUCUGAUAAAGUCAUGCUGAUUGUAAGGUGCACAGUUUUCUCUGCUUUCAAUAUCUUUCUGUUUGGACCUGUCCUGGUUUCUUACCACAAAACCGGACACUACAUGUGACAUAUACUAUUGGUAUCAAUAUCAGAUUCGACCUGGAACUUGUUAAUUAUUAAUAAUAUUAAUUAUAUGGAAAACAUGGACCUGGAAUUGGGUAAUUUUUAAUCAACACUUUUGUUCUAUAUUAGUUAUAUAUAAAGUUGAAUUCUUUCAUUCGUUGUUAUAACAACAUGCUGGCUAACAAAUUUGACCUCAUUAUUUUAGUAGUGCAGAUUUUUUUAUUUGUUCCUUGCCUUAGUUAGAGAUUUGCAAAUUACAUAUGACAUGAAAUAUAUAAUCAAUUUGUGUUAGCCAUUGAAAUUUUUGUGCACAAAACAUUAGACUGCAAUUGCACAUACAUGUACCUAGAUAAUGGUUGAUACUAUGUGUUCAGAUUUCAUAUUGUAAAAAUCAUAAAAACCAUUUUACUUCCUAUAAAUUCAGAAUUUAAUGCAUGUAUUUUUUAUUGUGAAUGUUUAUUUAAUGCGAUAUCAGAAAUUUUGUAAUGCAAAAUUAACGCAAUCAGAUAUUAAAAUAUAAAGUCUGAUUUGAGAUGCUGAAUUUUUUAUUGCAUUUUUGCAAUGUUGAAAAAUAAAUUAUUAUUGGAUGCAUAUUAUUUUAUUGCAUUUUUGCAAUGAUAAAAUGUUAAUUAUCAGAUUUGUAUCAUUCAAUUGCAUUUUUGCAUAAAUUUGCAAAAAAAGGAAAACCAUGCCAAAAUUUCUGAAUUAACAGAAUAUACUUGAAACUUUGUUAAGUUUAUAUCCUGUGGAUUAAUGACUAUUUGUUUAGGGUACUAACCUUUAUGGAUAUUACGGGUAAAGGUAAUCCAUGAAGUUAUAUGUUCAACAAGUAUAAUUUCUGCAGGGUUGAAUGCAAAUUUGUCAAAGCCACAAAUCAACAAGAGCAAGUAUCAACAAAAAUGUUUUUGCAUAAUCCAUGAAAUUGGUACUCCACGAAAAUGAAUACAUUCACAGUAUUUCUGGAUAUCUCAAAUAUAAUUUUGCUCACUCCAUGAAAUUGGUACACCACAAAAUUGAAUGCAUUCACAGUAUUUACAGAGAUCUCAAUGAUAAGUUGUUGUAAUGUUUUGUUUUAUUUUUUUAGUGUCUAUGAUAAUUAAGUAAAUCUGUUUUUUCAUCAUACUUAUCAAUAGUUAGUAGUUAUGAAUCAAAACUUAUGAUGUUAGUAAUAUUUUUGCUGUAUUUACAAAUCUCAUCCGACCCUGCUAUGAGCAUUUCAUCUUGUGCUUUAAAUAAUCGAUCAGUAUCUUUGCUGUAUUUCGAAAUUGAUUUGGCCCUGCAAUGAGCAUUUCAUCUUGACCUAUAAAUAAUCAAUGAAUACAUGCACCAAGUUCGAAAAUACCAUCAAAAGUUUAUUAUUUGUUAAUACAUUAUUGUGUCCUGAAAAAGUCAUUCUUGGGGUCAGCUUUUUAAGAAAGCUGAUUAUGACAUCAUUUUGGAGUGAAGACUUAGUGUAGUUCUUAUCUCUUGUUGUCUUGGCAACUUUCUAUUACCCAUGCUGCCAAGGUUAUGUAAUUAGUAGCCUGAAUCUUUGAAAGUUGGUUAAAACGAAAAUAAAUGAAUCAACAAUACGUACAAGUUAUAUCAUUAUUUUACAUCUUAUGAAUAAUUUACAUGCUUAUGUACAUUCAAAAGUAUUAUUUAUAUUGUGAAGUAGCUGUGUGUUUUCUCUGUCAUACGAAUGUCCAAAUUUUUUAUAUUUUCUCUUCUCUCUGCAAUUUUCAAUAAGAUACAGAAACCUACUUUAUCUAGUUAACAAUAAUAAAAUAAAAAGUAGAAAUGCUUGGUACAGAAUUUAGCAGCGGGACAAAACUGAUGUGAAUAUUUCUUUAUUGUUUCUUUUUUCAAAUAAAACUUUUGGAUGGAAAAGAAAGGAUUAGGUAAAUUUUUCAUGACACUAAGUCCCAAUGAACCACUUGAACAAAAUCAAUGACAAAGGAACAGCGUUCUUAUUGCAAUUCUUCAUCUCAAAGGUGCUCACCUUCCACUCAGGGCAAAAGUUUACACCUUCAUGGAAGUUAAUGUGUGUAAAAUAUAUUUUUGACCUUGGCUCAUAUAUAUUUUGUCCCGAAUAUGUGUGAAAAAAAGGCUAUUAGAUAUGUCAAUUUUAACGUCAGAAAGAAUGUUUAUGCCCUUUGAAUCAUAAAGGAAAAAUAAGUGUGGAAAAAAAUAAGAGAGAAAUAAUAAUCUUGGGCUACAAAAAUUCAUUGGUAAGCCUUCUCCUUUAUUAGGUUUAGAUUUGGUUCUAGAUUACUCUAAAUUCAGAAAUUUCUGCAUUCAUUUACUAUUACAAUUGUUGAACUUGUGGCAACAAUGUUAAAUUUAUUAUUACAAUUGUUGAACUAGUGGCAACAAUGUUAAAUUUAUAAUUACAACUGUUGAACUAGUGGCAACAAUGUUAAAUUUAUAAUUACAAUUGUUGAACUAGUGGCAACAAUGUUAAAUUUAUUAUUACAAUUUCAGGAAAUGCUGCAUACAAGUAAACUAUCAAAAUUUGAAAAAACAAGUUUUUGUUUCAAGCAAACUGGUCUGGUCGCAUAGCAAUCAUUUCUGAAUUAACAGUAUUCGAUUUUGAUUUUCAGUAUGUUUUAGAAUAUUUUUUUUUCUUUUAGUAUGAGUGAGACAUCUAUUUUAUCUCUGUCUCUUAAUCAGCAUUGUUUCUACGGGCAAUUUAUCUGUUAUGGAAAUAUUCUAUGUAUUUUUAUACAAGCAUGUAAUUUUAUUAUUGAAAAAAAAAAAGAAAUAAAGAACUAAGGUAAAAUA